AGAGUUGUUGCAUUUGAAUGCCGGGUUUACGCAGGCUGUUGAAAUACUUGAGCUACCGCCCUCCCAUAGCAUACCACGUGGCCGGGGGUCGAUCAUCUGUGACGUCACGUGACCAGUUCUGAAAUCUACAUCUAUCUGAAACGGGUACACUGCACACUUCGUCAAACACCUGUCAUUCACCCGAAUAGAUUCCCUCUGCACAGGCCGCCAGUAUGUCAGGUCUCAGAAAAGCUAAGAAGUAUGAUUGGAAGGAUUCCAACCUGGCUUUGUUUGGCUCUGAUACUGAAAAACAGGUCAAGAAGGAAUCAGCAGAAUCGGAACCGGCGUGGAAGGGGUCAGGGCAGAAUGUCGGGCUUCAAAUAUGGAGGAUAGAGAAAUUCAAAGUGGUCCAUUUACCAAAAGAAGACUACGGUAAUUUCUUCAGCGGGGACUCGUACAUUGUUCUUAACACAUACAAAGAGAAAGAUUCUAAGGAGCUCAAAUAUGAUGUCCACUUCUGGAUUGGAAAAGAGAGUACACAGGACGAGUACGGCACAGCAGCGUACAAGACGGUGGAACUAGAUACCUUUCUCAAUGACGCCCCAGUCCAGCACCGAGAAGUGGAAAGACACGAAUCCACAAUGUUCAAAGGUUACUUCAAGAGCCUCACCUACUUGAAAGGUGGCAUUGCUUCCGGCUUCCGCCACGUGAAACCAGAGGAAUACAAGACCCGGCUCUUGCAGUUCAGGGGAAGCAGAAGACAAGUCCAAGUUACAGAGAUGUCAGCAUGCAGAACGAAAUUAAACUCCAACGAUGUCUUCAUACUCGACACAGGCAGGAAGGUGUACCAAUGGAAUGGGAACGGAUGUAACAAGGACGAGAAAUUGAAGGCGGUGCAAUAUAUCCAACAGCUGAAGUCGGACAGGCAUGGCAAGGCAACCAGCGAAUCGGUCGAACAAGGUGAUGAAGAUGAGGACUUCUGGAACCACUUCACCGACGAGGAUGAUGAUGAUGAUGAUGAUGAUGAUGCAACAGAUGACGGCACCAAACGACUUUACAGAGUCACAGAUGAGGGCGGGUCAAUGAAAACGAUUCUCGAGAAAGAAGGCCAGAUCUUCAACAAAAGCAUGUUGGAUGUCAAGGACGUGUUUAUUCUGGAUACCUCAAAGGAAGUGUUCCUGUGGGUCGGCAGGAGGGCGUCUAAUAACGAGAAGAAGAAUGGCAUGGGAUAUGCACAUAAAUACCUGCAAACAACAUCUCACCCUCUUAUCCCUGUCACAGUUAUCAAAGAAGGGCAGACGUCACAGGGAACAUUCAACAGCCACUUUUCAGCUGCAGCAUAAAAUGUUAGUAUCAUCACCUGAACAGCCAGCAAGCGUAGGACCUGAUGUGUUAGAUACUUACUAUGGUCAUAGCACUGUGGUAUUUACUCACAGAAUUUUCUAAAUUUCAAAAUGACCUUGACCUAUAUUUUAUGUGACCUUUAAAUUAUGGACAUACAGGUCAAGGUCAUUAACGGAAUCAUAUCCCACUGCUUUGUCUUCAAUUUUGUGUCAAGUCACAAAAAUAUUUUCAGACCGUUUUGUUGAAGAAGGAAGUGAUAAUAUUGAUGAGGAAUACAGCUUUUAGUGAAAUAUAGAGGUAGAACUUGUUUAGUGCAAUACUUUAUUAUUUUACUAUGUUUAAAUCAGUACACUUGUAAUGGUAUUCACUGUUAUCUCAGCUCAUACAGUAUAUACAAGUGGAAGCAAUAACAAAAUGAGACCUAUUUAUAAGGCUCUUGGUGAAACACUUAUAAUGUAAUGGACCGCUUUUUAUCUUUCCAAUUUGAUAGUAACAUAACAUUUUAUUCAUUCUUCAUUUUGUAUGGAUUUGGAAUUUGCACUUCUUCUGAUAAUAUCACAUAUCACAUCAUAGUAUAUCAUAAUCAGCGAGUAAUAUCAUAGGAGAAUUUAAACUCAAGUAAACAUGUUUGUUUUUGCGAUGCCUCUGUUAGCUAUGGGUCGAUUUGAAGGGUUAAUAAUCUCGAAUCUAAUAAUAUAUUACGGUACAGACUACUCCAUAUCAUAGUGUUGUUUUUUUCAUUGUCUUUAUAAGAAUUUCCAAGAAAGGCAAAAAGUGAAAAUUAUGAAAAACUAAUAAUUAAUUGGCCCUCAUGAAAAUAGGUUUCUGAACAUGAUUUGUUUUGUGGGUAAGCGACAUCCUUCAUUUGUGUAUUGUUUUCAUCGUGCAGUACGGUUUUCCCAAUAAUGAUAACUCUGCUAUAGUUACUAGAUUGACGCGACUGUUACCAUGGAUACCUACAUGUUGCACGUGCCACAGCAAUGUAAUAAUGUGUAUAUAUUUAACUUUAUGAUAAUAUAUGCAUUUACAUGCGAGACUUUUAAAUUAGCGAUAGAGAAACAUCACACAAAUGUCUAUAUAUUACAAUGGUGCAUGCGCUUACAAACUGAUAUUUUGUCAAAGGUUUACUUGUCUGUCAACAUAUAUUGGGUCAGUAGGGGUUGUGUCAAAGGUUUAAAUGGAUAAGGGACUUCAUAUGAACAUUCCAAUAUCAAGACUAUAUGUCCUUUAACAGUCAUGUUUAUGGUUUUGAUACAACCCCAAUGAUACUUUGUUAUUGUAUAAUAUAUCGUUGUUCGCAUGGUUUAAUAAUUAACUGCCUUAAGAUUAUAGAGCUGUGAUAUGAUAUGGGUCUCAACAUAAUAAUUGUAAUAAAUUAAAUUUGUGUAUGGCUGAUAUAUUUCAUUGAUGCGUGACAGACUUCAAAUCACCAAAUAACAAUUUGUUGUGUAAUCAUUAAACGAAGGCUAAGUUGCUAUGUACUUCUGUUGAUAGAAAUUACUGUUAAUCUUCCUUGAUAUUUCUAUUAUUAAAACAUAAUCAUCUCAUGGCAGUGUGUCUUACUUGUAUCACACAAUUUUUUUUUUCAAGUUUUUAAAAAUACAAUUGUUUGGUUCUUGGCCCUGUUGGUGACUUUGUCUGUAUUUUUGGUUAUAAAAUACUUUGUUUAUCCUUUCUUGAUUAAAUCGCAUUUUGGUAAGAAUGCAAAGACAAGUAAUGUGAGAUUAGUUUGUGGAGAUUUGUGUGAUACUGUUCAUCUGUUUGUUGCAAUUAACACCAAAUAAAUAAUGUAAUCCGCAUAUUUUCAUAUAUCUUCUCAAUGAUUUCUCAUCAAUAAAAACAUUAAACAGC